CCCGGCCCCGCCGCCCUCCGGCCCCGCCGCGAUGUCGCUGCCCCUGUCGGACUACGAGAAGAGGAAGCAGAUCAGCGUGCGCGGCUUGGCCGGCGUGGAGAACGUGACCGACCUGAAGAAGAGCUUCAACCGGCACCUCCACUUCACGCUGGUCAAGGAUCGCAACGUGUCCACGCCGCGCGACUACUACUUCGCCCUCGCCCACACCGUCCGCGACCACCUGGUCGGACGCUGGAUCCGCACCCAGCAGCACUACUACGAGAAGGACCCCAAGCGCAUCUAUUAUCUUUCCUUGGAGUUUUACAUGGGACGGACACUGCAAAACACCAUGGUCAACCUGGGCUUGCAAAAUGCCUGCGACGAAGCCAUUUACCAGCUGGGCUUGGAUAUGGAGGAGCUGCAGGAGAUUGAAGAGGACGCCGGCCUGGGCAACGGAGGGCUCGGGCGACUGGCAGCUUGCUUCCUGGACUCCAUGGCGACUCUCGGCUUGGCGGCUUACGGCUACGGCAUCCGCUACGAGUUCGGCAUCUUCAACCAGAAGGUCUUGGGGGGCUGGCAGGUGGAAGAAGCCGACGACUGGCUGCGUUACGGGAAUCCCUGGGAGAAGGCCCGUCCGGAGUACAUGAUCCCCGUCCACUUCUACGGACACGUGCAACACGGGGAGGGAGAAGUGAAGUGGGUCGACACGCAGGUGGUGCUCGCCUUGCCCUACGACACACCCGUGCCUGGGUAUCGCAACAACACAGUCAACACCAUGCGGUUGUGGUCUGCCAGGGCCCCCAACGAGUUCAACCUGAAAGAUUUCAAUGUGGGUGGCUACAUUCAAGCGGUGCUGGACCGGAAUUUGGCUGAGAACAUUUCCCGUGUUCUGUAUCCCAAUGAUAACUUCUUCGAAGGCAAAGAGCUGCGUCUCAAGCAGGAGUAUUUCGCGGUGGCCGCAACGCUUCAAGACAUCAUCCGCCGGUUCAAAUCCUCCAAGUUCGGCAGCCGGGAUCCUGUCCGCACCUCCUUCGAUGCCUUCCCAGACAAGGUCGCCAUUCAGCUCAAUGACACACACCCUUCGCUGGCCAUCCCGGAGCUGAUGAGGGUUUUGAUGGAUAUUGAGAAGCUGGACUGGGAUAAGGCCUGGGACGUCACCGUGCGCACUUGUGCCUACACCAACCACACCGUGCUGCCAGAGGCGCUGGAGCGCUGGCCUGUCCACCUCUUUGAGACCCUCCUGCCGCGCCACUUGGAGAUCAUCUACGAAAUCAACCAACGUUUCCUCGACAAAGUCUACGCCACCUUCCCGGGAGACCUGGACCGGAUGCGCCGCAUGUCCAUGGUGGAAGAAGGAAGCGUCAAACGGAUCAACAUGGCGCAUCUCUGCAUCGUGGGUUCCCACGCUGUCAAUGGAGUCGCCCGUAUCCACUCCGAUAUCCUGAAGGCCACCGUGUUUAAAGAUUUCUACGAAUUUGAACCGCACAAGUUCCAGAACAAAACCAACGGAAUCACACCCCGCCGGUGGCUGGUUUUAUGCAACCCCGGGCUGGCCGAGGUCAUCGCUGAGCGCAUCGGGGAAGAUUAUAUUUCUGAUCUGGAUCAGCUGAGGAAGCUUCUGAAUUUUGUGGAUGACGAAGGUUUCAUCCGGGAUGUGGCCAAAGUCAAACAGGAGAACAAGUUGAAGUUUUCUGCCUACCUGGAGAAGGAAUACAAGGUCAAGAUCAAUCCCAACUCCCUCUUUGACCUGCAAGUAAAGCGGAUCCAUGAGUACAAGAGACAGCUGCUCAACUGCCUGCACGUCAUCACCCUUUACAACCGAAUCAAGAGAGAACCUAACAAGCACUUUGUGCCCCGGACGGUCAUGAUUGGAGGCAAGGCGGCUCCCGGCUACCACAUGGCCAAAAUGGUCAUCAAGCUUGUUACCUCCAUCGGAGACAUCGUGAACCACGAUCCCAUCAUUGGUGACCGACUCAAGGUGAUCUUCUUGGAAAACUACCGGGUCUCCCUGGCUGAAAAGG